AUGCACCCACACUAUCCUGUUUACUACAUCCUUGACCUGGGCAUCUGUGGGGCUAAACGCUUUUUCUACCGCAGCACACUCUUUCAAAUCCUCGUUGUCGGUAUCUGUGCCUUUUCUGCGCCCGGUAUCUGGAGUGCCAUGAAUGGCCUCGGUGUAGGCGGCUCCCAAAGUCCAAACCUUGUCAAUGCAGCCAACGCCCUCCUAUACGCCUUCAUGACAGUGACCUGCUUUGCAGGCCCAUGGAUGACCAACCUCAUUGGAUUCCGCUGGACUUUGGCCAUUGGCUCUCUUGGAUACCCUCUUUACUCGGCCGGCCUUUAUGUUAACAACCGCUUCGGCCCCACGUGGUUUGUGUACGUUGGUUCGACGGCCUGCGGAAUCAGUGCUGGCUUCUUCUGGAGCGUUGAGGGUGCCAUUGCCACGGGAUACCCCGAGCAGCACAAACGAGGUCGCUACAUUGCCACCUGGUUCACAUUCCGCAACUUCGGAAACAUCAUCGGAGGCGCCAUCUCACUCGCCCUGAAUCACAAGAGGAACCAUCGCGGCAAAGUCGGCUACCAGACCUAUCUCGGCUUCAUUGCCAUCCAGUGCCUCGGGUUCCUCUUCGGCCUGCUCCUUUCCAACCCAGAAAAGGUGCAGCGUGAUGACGGUACCCGCAUCGAAGCGCCUCGCGGCAUCGUCUGGCGCACAGAAGCAAAGGAGAUGUGGCGACUGAUAAGGAGCAAACCCAUCCUCCUGCUGACACCGCUCUUCUGGUACUUUGGCUGGAUCCAGGCGUACCCCGGCACAUAUCUCGCAACCUACUUCACCGUCCGCUCCCGCGCCCUCGGCAGCUUCCUGUCUGCAGUGGUCGCCACCUUCGCUACCUGGAUCGGUGGUGCGCUCGUGGACCUUCCGUGGACGAAGAAACGGCAAACCCGCGCCGUCGCUACCUGGGCUCUCAUUGCCGCGCUGAACAGCGCAACCUGGAUCUGGGCCGUCAUCAUCCAGAACGAAUACCGGCACACGAAGCCAGUGCUGGAUUGGGGUGUGCAGAGUUCAUUUGGGAGGGGUUUCGGACUGUAUUUGUUCGAGCGCAUCAGCCUUGGGAUGGUGGAGAACUUCAUCUAUUGGUGCAUUGGGAAUCUUUCCGACUCUCCGGGGGAUCAGAUCCGGUAUAGCUCCUUGCUGAGGGGCAUUGAGACGGCUGGUGUCGCUGUGGGCUUUGGUGUGCAAGCUGUGCCGACGGUACUGAUUGCCACCGCAAGUAUAAAUUGCGGCCUCUGGUUCUUUGCGCUGCCGUUUAGCUAUUAUGCUACGCUGCAAGUGGUGAAGAAGUUCAAUCAGCUUGAUAAGACACGCGAGGAAGCAGUGGAGGGAAGUGAAGGAAUAGUCACUAGGUAG